UUGUUUGGUAACCUUCUCUUUGUUGACCAACCGGCUUGAGGACGGACGGAAGGCUUUUCUAACCGAAGAAAACAACCCGGGACGACGCUCAACGUUAUCCGAUUUUACGUCUUUACUCUUUACCUCUUCGACACAGAUUGAAAGAUGAGCAAGGCCCAUCCCCCGGAGCUGAAGAAGUUCAUGGACAAAAAGCUGUGCAUCAAGCUGAACGGAGGCCGGAACGUGGUCGGCAUACUUCGCGGCUUCGACCCGUUUAUGAACAUGGUCGUCGACGAGUCUCUGGAGGAGCGGAAAGACGGGACUAGGGCCCCGAUUGGCAUGGUCGUCAUCAGAGGCAACAGCGUCAUCAUGGUCGAAGCGCUGGAGAGGCUGUGAAGGCCCUCUAAUGAGGGCGGACCCUGUGUAAAUGUGACCAAAGUGCGAAAACUUUUUUCCUUUUUAAAAAUCAUAAGAUUUAUAAAUGUAUUUCAGUUUUACUUUUUUUUAAUUAAUAC